GUUGAGUCUUGGCGGUCAAAGCCAAAAGCGGCUCUGAGUGUCCAAUCAAUGGUUAGCAUUCCUCCGCCUAGCCCAGGUCUGUAGUUGUGCGCCUGCGCCGCGUGCACAUGGCUAUAUAAACAUGGCCGCUCUUAGAGCAUGCUGCUAAUUAGGGGUUGUGCAUUAGCACUGAGGGGAGUGUAGUACAAGAUAGCGAUCAUGAGCACUUACUAAUAGGCUGCCUGUCAUUUUCCUCUAUAAGCAAAGCGUCCCCACUCACAUAGUUAUACAUUUGUCGCCACUGGUGGGCUAGAGAGAAUCGCAAAUAUGCUGACAGGCGUGUAAGGGGUGAUGCACACUAACCAAGGCGCCACAGCAGCUCCCGCCCUUCCCUGCCAUGGGGUUCCAGCUCCAGGACGUUCAUCCCUGUUCUCCCAAACAUUCCCGGCUGCGCCCUCUCCUGAUCUCCCCGCCAAAAGCGUUCAGACUGCGGUGAGCAUCGCGCUUGCCCCCGUCUCCUCCGCGCUAAGCAAAGUGGCGCCAGUUCUUGUCACUAGCCAAGCCGCCAAAGUAAGAGGUGGCCUCAGGAUGACAGCCCCGCAGCAAGUUAUGGCCGCUAAGGCUCCACAAACUACAGCCAUUCAGAUCCCCGCAGGAACAGUUCUUGUUAGAAGCAGCACAGGACAACUCAUGCUGGUUUCUCAACAAACCUUGGCCCGGGCCCAAGCACAGAAUCCAGGGGCCCAGGUACUUACAAAUCUCACAAAUUCAACUGUGAAAACAACACCGUUGACAACAAUUUCUAUUGCACCAAACUUCCAGAGAAGCCCUUCUCUACAGACUUCAUUGGCAACGAACAGUGUGGUUAAAGUGACUCCAUCCUUGGGUGCUAGACAGAGUGCUCCUGUUUCUUCACCUACAGUUGUUCGAAUAUGCACGCCUUCUGCAAUCCAGACAACAACAUCUGUCUCCUCCACUCAAGGAGCUUCUACAGUAGUGAUUAAAGCUCCUGGCCCAGCAGUCAGGGCGCUAACAAAUAUUUCUUCCACUUCUGCCACAUCAGUGUCAUCUACAGGCUCUGUGGAAAUUCCUGCUACCUCAAUUAUGGGUCCUGGUACAUCAUCUAUAACUGUGCUACCCAUUAGUGCAUCUACCCCAGUAAUUACUCCUAUUACAAUGAAUACUUGCACUUCUGCUGUGAUCCCAUCAGCUAGUGUAAAACCUUCAGUGUCACAAAAUCCAAUUCAAUUAUCUUCGGCUGUCUCCGUAAGGACCACUUCCCCAUCCAGUAUACCAUCAGUCAAAAUUUAUGCUCCAUCUAGCACUCUAGCAACAUCAACCUGUGGCUCAGCCAUCAAGCUAAAAACAACUAACCUUUACAUUACAACUACUGCUGCUGGAACUUGCAGCUCAGUUUCUACAUCUAAUACAAUACAAGCAUCUUCUGUAAUAACACCGGUAUUGUCUGGAAACUGUGUACCUCAAGUAAGGCCAGCUCAGGGUCUGGCAAAGGCUCUUUCAGGAGUUCCCAAUGGGGUGCCUACUAUCAAAUCUGGACCUCCAAAAAUGACUCAAACCACAGCAACUCAAAAUUCCCCAGAAAUAUUAGACAACGUGAAGAAAUGCAAAAACUUCCUUGCAACAUUAAUUAAACUGGCAUCUAGUGGGCCUCAGUCUCCAACCAUGGGGCAAAAUGUGAAGAAUCUUGUCAAGAGUCUACUAGACUCUGACAUUGAGCCUGAGGAGUUUACUGCAAAACUGUACAAAGAGUUAAAGUCUUCUCCACAACCAUACCUAGUGCCAUUUUUAAAGAAAAGUUUACCUGCUCUACGACGACAAAUGCCUAAUUCACAAGAAUUUAUUAUGCAAUGUGGGCACCAGACUCCUCAAGCAACUAACUCCGUCUCUCUUGUGAAGAUUAUCCCAACAUCAUCUUUGCAGACUGGGAAGCAAGUUUGUAGCACAACAAUUAAUGCAAACAACAUAAAACAGCAAACAUCAACUACAGCUAAGCCAAUCAGCACAGUGAAGACCGUAAACCUUAAACAAGUGCAGCCACCCGGAGGCACAGUAAAACAAGUUUCUCUUUACCAAAACUCUGGCCUUGCAGUUCAGAAGCCUGGAGAAAAGAGAGUUUCUCUCAAUGCCCUAAUUCAUGCUAGUCACUUGCCACCAGCUUCUAUUGUGAAACAAAUUGCAAUCCCAGGAAACAAAGUUAUUUCUAUUCAAGCAGCCCCUCUACCCAUAAAAGAAAGUGGCAUCACAAGUUUCAGAGAAGAAGAUGAUAUCAAUGAUGUUACUUCUAUGGCUGGUGUUAAUCUUAUUGAGGAGAGUGCCUGCAUAUUGGCUGCCAACUCAGAACUGGUUGGUGCAGUCAUUCGGUCAUGCAAAGACGAGCCAUUUCUUUUUACAUCUGCAUUGCAAAACAGAAUUUUAGACAUCGGUAAAAGGCAUGACAUUAAGGAACUUAACUCUGAUGUUAUGAACUUGGUCUCCCAUGCGACACAGGAACGAUUACGGGGCCUUAUUGAAAAGCUGACUUUAGCAGCACAACACAGAUCUACCAAUUACAAGCAAAUUGAUCGAUAUCUCAAAUAUUCAGAUGUACGAGCACAACUGAAGUUUCUUGAGCAGCUGGAGCACUUGGAGAAACAACGAAGGAAUGAAGAGGAACGGGAAAUGCUGCUUAGAGCAGCCAAGAGUCGAUCAAAUAGGGAGGAUCCUGAGCAGCUGAAGUUAAAGCAAAAGGCCAAAGAGCUGCAGCAAAUGGAGUUAGAACAAAUACAAUAUCGGGAAGCCAACCUUACUGCUUUAGCGGCAAUCGGGCCAAGGAAGAAGAGACCAUUGGAUUCGCUGUGCCUUCGUAAUGCUUGGGAUGAGACAAAUGCAUCUGGAUCAACAAUUCUUGGUCUGUCAAAAUCUUUACUUGUUCCAAGGAUAACUCGUGUUAGUCUCAGGGAUUUAAUAUUCUGCAUGGAACAAGAAAGGGGAAGUAAACAUUCCUUAUCAUUAUAUCGUGCUCUACUCAAGUGAAAUUUAGUUAAGGACACUACCAAAAACUCUCAAAGUAUUGUUGCACUAACUCAGAUAAGGUUUCAGGGAGUAUGAUUCAAAGAAAGCUCUUUUGUUUGCAGCAUUUUGUUUUAAUUAAAACCACUAUAUAGCAACUGUGGCCUGUUUUGCGUUUGUAAAAUUCUGUACAUUGCUUGCUUUUUGUAUAUAUGGUAAAUGUAUGGCUCUACAAGAUUGCAAAAUUGUUUCACUUGUUAGUUUUGAUUUAGCUAGUCUCACUGUAUUGAGGGGCAGCCUGAAUAACUGUGAUCUUAUGGGUAAUGUAAUAACCGCUGCAAAGUUCUCUACAGGCCCAGCAACCUAAAGGAGCCAAUCAGCUGAUUGCUUUCAAAUAACAGCUCAACAAAUGUUGCCUACAUAUUGGAGCUAUGGAAUACUGGAGCUGGAGCAAAGGCUGCACCUGUUAGCACAUUACCCCAUAAUCACUUUAUCAACAUUCCCUAUAUGCCUUAGUAUUGGUUGACUUUGUACUUUAGUGCUAAUGACCAUUAUAAUAUUAUUCUGUGCAUUGGUUUAAAAUGAAAAUCAGAAUUUGUGUCCAUUUCUAUAUAGAGUUAUUUUUGCUACAAAUUUAUAUUAAAAUCCAAAUAGUAUAAUA